AUGAAUAUCUUAAGUUGGAACGCUAGGGGGUUGGGGAAUCCCAAAGCGUUCAGACACCUGAAGCUGCUUGUUCGUCAGCAGUCUCCCCAGGUUCUUUUUCUCAUGGAAACUCGUCUCGGUAGCAAUGCAAUUUCUCGGUUUCGUCAAUCCUUGCAGUUCAAAAAUGGUCUUGAGUCCCCACGGUUUCUCAUUGGUGAUUUCAAUGAAAUCUUAUCUCAAAGCGACAAAUUGGGUGGCUCAUUGCGCAAUGAAUCACAAAUAGAGGCCUUCCGCAACACCUUAGACCAUUGUCAUCUUCAAGAUUUGCCUUAUGAAGGUGAUCGUUUCACUUGGGUUAAAAAUAGAAAAGCUGUCACUACAAUUAAAGAGAGGUUGGACUGGGUUUUCACGAAUCACUUGUGGAGUUCAAUUUUUGAGGUGCCAACAGUCUCGCACUUGGAUUUUUUCUCAUCUGAUCACCGCGCCAUUGCUACUACUGUUACUUCUUUGCACUCUACUGCUGCUCCCCCUCAAAAGCACUCACGAUUUCGUUUUGAAAAACUAUGGUUAGCCGAUCCCGAAAGCAAGGAAAUUAUAUCCUCCUGCUGGUCUGAUGUUUCUCACCCUGAUUCCAUCACUAAUAUCACUCAAAAGCUUGAAUGUUGUGCCAAAUCUCUUCAACAGUGGCACAUCCGCAAAUAUGGUCACAUGAAAAAAAGGAUUGAUGAAGCACAGUCCACGGUUACAACUCUUAAUAAUAUCAGCAAUCACUCCCCUACAACAGCUGCCUCGCUCAAAACUUCUGAAUCUAUCCUUGAUGACUUGCUGGAACAAGAAGAAAUGUAUUGGCAACAGCGAUCUCGCAUUGACUGGCUCCAACUUGGAGAUCGAAACACCAAGUUCUUUCAUUCGAAAGCUUCUGCGAGGAAGGCUAACAAUAAAAUAAAAUUUCUUCAAACCGAAGGGGGUCUUCGGGUUACAUCUAAGCAUGAUAUGGCUGAGGCUAUUCAAGAUUAUUUUGAAGGAAUUUUUCAGAGUAGUUCAGUUGAUGAAGAUGCUCUUGCUGCCAUCAUUCAUUCGAUCCCAACAACCAUUACACAAGAAAUGAACAGUGACCUUACCAAGCCAUUUACCCCUUCUGAAGUAAAAGAUGCUUUGUUCUCUAUGGGUUCUGAUAAAAGCCCCGGCAUUGAUGGUAUGUCGGCAAUGUUCUACCAACAACAUUGGGACAUUGUGGGUGAUUCGGUUUGUUCUGCUGUCCUUAAUGUCUUGAACCAUGGAGCUGAUCCAACACCUUUAAACUCAACGAUGAUCACGCUUAUACCAAAGAAGAAGAAACUACUCUUUGUCAAAGAUUAUCGACCCAUUGCUCUAUGUAACGUAAUCUCUAAGCUCAUCACCAAAGUGUUGGUAGGCCGGUUUAAACCAGUUCUGCCUCUUGUUAUCUCAGAGACCCAAAGUGCCUUUUUACCAAACUGUCUUAUCACUGACAAUAUACUUGUGGCCUUUGAAUUAAUCCAUGGAAUUAAACUGAGAACAUCUGGUCGCAAAGGAGUUGCUGCUAUGAAGCUUGAUAUGUCAAAAGCUUUCGAUCGAGUUGAAUGGUGCUUUAUUCAGCGGGUUAUGGAAAAAAUGGGUUUCUGGUUCUCUCGGCUGCUACAACAUGAAGAAUUGUCAGGUAACCUCCAUGGAUAUAAGCUCACCAGGCGGGCUGAACCAAUUUCACAUUUGUUGUUUACCGAUGACAGCCUGCUCUUUUGCCAUGCUGAUGGAAGUUCGUGCCUCUCUAUCAAGCGCGUUCGUGACAUAUACCACCGUGCUUCGGGCCAAACCAUCAAUGCUGAAAAGUCCAAUAUGUCUUUUUCACCAAACACAACUCUGGCUGCUCAGAUUUUCUUCCAUCGAACUCUCUCCAUGCCAAUAACUGACUGUCAUGAAACUUAUCUUGGCUUGCCAGCCUAUUCGGGCCGUGACAAACAACAUAUGUUUAGCGAUAUUAAAGAGAAGGUUUGGCGGCUGAUGAAUUCUUGGAAUGAAAAAAUAUUUUCCUCGGGAGGCAAGGAAAUCCUUCUCAAGGCUGUUGUUCAAUCCAUUCCAACUUAUGCUAUGAGUUGCUUUCGCCUACCUACAACGAAAGGUCGUGAUAAUGCAGUGGUGGCUAAUCUCAUUACUGAGGAUCGACAAUGGGAUGUUGCUCUAUUAAAUCAAUACUUCAUUCCGGCUGAUGUAGAGCGCACCCUCACCAUUCCCUUGAGCUACUUUCCUAGUAAUGACUGCUUAGUAUGGCACCACACCAACAAUGGCAUCUACACCGUUCAGUCGGGUUACCAUUUGGCCUCAUCUUUGGCUGAACAACCUCACUCCUCGAGCUCAUCUUCAGAAUCAAAGUGGUGGAAAUCUUUUUGGUCAUUACAACUGCCUGAAAAGAUUAAAAUCUUUGCUUGGCAUGUUAUCCAUGAUGCCUUGCCAGUUGCCACUUCUCUAGUUAAACAGAAAGUUAUAACUGAUGCCGCAUGCUCGGUUUGUCGACAAGCUUGGGAAUCAGUUGGACAUGUGUUUUUUGGCUGCCAUUAUGCAAAGAAUGUAUGGCGUUUGAUGCACCAAUCUUUUGAUUGGAAAAAAGCUGUAUCCAUGUACAAGGGGGACUAUCUAAAAUUCUUAGCCUCAUCUCAUACCAAGGCUGAAUUUGAGCAAAUUAUCUGCACACUCUGGUGCAUAUGGUCAGAACGCAACCAGGUUGUUCACAACAAGAAAUCCCAUUCUGCUUCUGCUCUUGCAGCCUUCUCCCUUCAAUACCUGGACAACUACCAUGCGGCACAGCUGAAGUAUCGACCACCUGCAACCUCCUCUCAGGUGCCUUCUCCAUCUACUGCUCCUUCUGCACCUUGGCAGCCGCCUCCAAUGGGUACUCUGAAGCUAAACAUUGAUGCGGCCUUUGAUAAAACUAGCAGUAAGAUUGGUGUUGGUGCUGUCAUUAGAAAUUAUGUCGGUCAAGUCAUUGCUGCCCUCUCUAUGCCUAUUGUUGGUAAUUUUGCAUCUAACGAAAUGGAAGCUAAGGCAAUGUUUCACGGCAUCAACUGGGUUCUACAGCAGCAACUUUCCAUCUCAAUUGUUGAAACUGAUGCCCUCGUAGUUUCCAAUGCUUUAAAGUCUCCAGCAGCUGGUAUCUUAGCCUUCAGUGAUCUAAUUAUGGACAUAUCUUACCUCCUUUCCUUCUUUCCUAAUACUAUUGUAACUCAUGUAAAGCGAAAUGCUAAUUCAGUUGCAGAUAGUUUGGCAAAGUUUGCCUUAGGGUUGGAUGAGAUUUGUUCUUGGUGGGAGAAUUUUCCUCCUUCCAUUUACUCUGUUAUUGUCAAUGACUCAUUUUAA